AUGGAAGCUUUAAUGCUGGCUGCAUUGAAAGUGAGAGAGAAGCUCUUUUACAGUUCAAGCUUGGCCUUAAAGCUUCUAACCGGCUUUCUUCUUGGGAUCGUGAUGUGGAUUGCUGUGAAUGGCCUGGAGUCAUCUGUGAUAAUCUCACCAACCAUGUUCUUGAGCUCCAUCUUAGAACUCUUUCUGAGGAUGAGUAUCAUGCCUUUAAUGCCAGCGGUGACUAUGAUGAAUAUUGGGAGAGGUCCACAUUCAGAGCUUGAGCUUCUUCGCCUUUCCUAUAAUGUUGAGUUGCUAGAUGGAAUUCCAAGUGCCAUUGGAAAUUUUACCUCCCUCAACAGUCUUGACUUGACAUCCUCCAAUUUUCAAGGAGCAAUUCCAAGUGCCAUUGGAAACUUGACUUCCCUCAACAACCUCGACUUGUCAGACAACAAACUUGAAGGAGCAAUUCCAAGUGCCAUUGGAAACUUGACUUCCCUCAACAACCUCUACUUGUCAAGCAACAAACUUGAAGGAGCAAUUCCAAGUGCCAUUGGAAACUUGACUUCCCUCAACAACCUCGACUUGUCAGGCAACAAACUUGAAGGAGCAAUUCCAAGUGCCAUUGGAAACUUGACUUCCCUCAACAACCUCUACUUGUCAAGCAACAAACUUGAAGGAGCAAUUCCAAGUGCCAUUGGAAACUUGACUUCCCUCAACAACCUCGACUUGUCAGGCAACAAACUUGAAGGAGCAAUUCCAAGUGCCAUUGGAAACUUGACUUCCCUCAACAACCUCUACUUGUCAAGCAACAAACUUGAAGGAGCAAUUCCAAGUGCCAUUGGAAACUUGACUUCCCUCAACAACCUCGACUUGUCAUUCAAUGAACUUGAAGAAGCAAUUCCAAGUGCCAUUGGAAACUUGACUUCCCUCAACAACCUCGACUUGUCAUUCAAUGAACUUGAAGGAGGAAUUCCAAGUGCCAUUGGAAACUUGACUUCCCUCAACAACCUUGACUUGUCACGCAACAAACUUGAAGGAGGAAUUCCGGCAUCAUUCAAAAAUCUUUGCAAGUUGAGGUCACUCGAUUUGGUCAGCAACAAUCUAAGCCAAGAGAUAAAUGAGGUAUUUGAAAUUCUCUCGGGAUGUGUUUCAAAUGGGAUAGAGGUGUUGUCUUUAUCUAAUUGUCAAUUAUCAGGUCAUUUAAAUAAUCUUCUUGGACAAUUCAAGAAUCUGGAUUCUCUCGAUCUUUCCGAUAAUUCGAUUGCUCACCAAAUUCCGGCCACUUUGGGUGUGUUGACUUCCUUGACGUCUCUACGCCUUUCCAAUAACAAACUGAAUGGAAGUCUCCCCAUAGGUUUUGGAGCCCUUGAAAAUUUAGUAGAUGUAGAUAUUUCUUAUAAUUCAUUAGAGGGUGAAGUUUCUGAAAUUCACUUUGCAAACCUUACAAAUCUGAGAUAUUUUCAUGCCUCUCAUAACCAACUGAUUUUAAGAGUCAAUCCUCAUUGGAUUCCACCUUUUCAACUUGUUGAAAGCAUAUAUUUGAGAUCUUGGGAUGUUGGACCUCAACUUCCCAGAUGGCUCCGUUCACUAAAGCAUUUAGUCUUUCUAGACUUGUCAAACUCAAAAAUUUCAAGUACCCUUCCUGUUUGGUUCAGUGACUGGUCUUUAAGACUUUCUUAUCUUAAUUUAUCUCAUAACCAAUUGCAUGGCAAGAUUCCCUAUUUGUCCUCCAGCAAUGAUUUGUUUUCCUUCAUCGACUUGAGUUCAAAUAAAUUCAAUGGUCCAUUGCCUAAUGUCUCUUCCUAUUGGAUAGAUCUUUCCGAUAAUUUACUCUCUGGAUCAUUAUUCACCUUUCUAUGUCAUAGAACGCAUGAUCUGAUCACUGAGCUGCUUAACUUUGGAAAAAAUCAUCUAUCCGGAGAGAUACCUGAUUGUUGGAUGAAUUGGAAAUAUUUAGAAGUUUUAAAAUUAAAUGACAACUAUUUCAGUGGAAAAAUUCCUAGUUCCAUUGGGAUUUUAAGUGACCUUCAAUUCUUAAACCUUCGCAACAAUACUCUCUUUGGUGAAAUACCAUUGUCACUUGAACAUUGCGAAGCAUUGACGGUACUUGAAUUGGAUGAAAAUAGAUUGGAGGGAAAUAUUUCAACAUGGCUGGAGAAUCAAAAUUAUUCACAGAUGGUUAUUCUUAAUCUUCGUGGGAACCAAUUUCAUGGUCACGUGCCUAUAGGGCUUUGCCGCAUGACUUAUUUGCAAAUCUUGGAUCUUGCUAAUAACAACCUCAGCGGUACCAUACCAACAUGUAUCAAUAACUUCAGUGCAAUGGUAGAUGGUACAGGAAAGCAAGGUCAGAUUGUCCUUUAUUUGCAAGAGUUGGGUUUUUCUGAUAGUUCCUCAAUUAUGACAAAGGGAGAAAUGAUUGAAUAUUCCACCAAUCUUAAUUUCGUAAGGAGUAUGGACCUCUCAAAUAAUAAAUUAUCAGGAGAUAUUCCUGAAGAAAUAACAAGGCUUGAAGCAUUGCAUUCAUUAAAUUUGUCACAUAAUCUUUUGAGUGGAAGAAUUCCAGAAGAAAUAGGAAAUAUGAAAGAAUUAGAAUCUCUUGAUUUUUCUCAAAAUCAUCUGUUUGGAGAAAUUCCUCCAAGUAUGUCAAGCUUGACAUUUUUGAGUAAAUUGAAUUUAUCCAACAACAAGUUAUCAGGAAUAAUACCUUCAGGCACUCAAUUGCAAGGCUUUGAUCCAUCUACUUUCAGCGGCAACAAACUUUGUGGCCUUCCACUCAUCAAGAACUGCAAUGUUGAUGGUGAUAUGCCUCCUAUUGGGAUAGAAAGAGGAGAAGAUGACAAAGGGUCUAAAUCAUUUGCUUGGUUCUAUUUCUAUGUGAGCAUUGCACCAGGAUUUGUGGUAGGAUUUUGGGCAGUGAUGGGUCCUUUAGUGUUUAAUAGAAGAUGGAGGCAUUUAUAUUUCAAUUUCCUAGAUAAUUUGUGGGACAAAUUUAUGGUGUGGUAUUAUGUAAAUGUUGCUAGAUUUGUGAAAGGUCAUGGUUUAUAGAGUUUUGUCUAAAACAAAUAUAUGUGGGGAUGGGCUAUGCACGUCUACAUAAUUAGGUAUGAGUUUAGCUUUAUGUUUGUUGUGACGAUGUUUUUGUAUGGUUGUGGAAUUACUUUGUAAUUUUGAAUUGAGUUUAAUAAAAAAUGAAAAGUCCCACUGUUGUGAGGGCUUUGUGUGUGGUUU